UUGGCAACCAAGAUGGCGGGGGCUGUUUUUGUGCUGUGAAUCAGGCCGUCGAGCGCCGCCGUGCGGUUGUGUCGCUCAGGCUUCCCAUACUACGUUAGGACUGGCAUGUGGCCCAUGUGAAUUCCGCCUAAAACCAAGUCUUCCGACGCUAUCGAUGAGGUGUGCGGCUGCCGCGCACUGACACACGGAAGGCAGCGGCCCUGAUAGCGCAGCACGCGGCGGCCGGGACGGGCUGCCCUCGCUGUUUGAGGAAAAAAUGAAGAACAAGAGUGUGUGCUCCCCAACUUCAAGAAAUGAGCAAUGUGAUGAAAAGGAUGGGGAAGGAAAUAAAGAUGGUAAUGCUGCCAGUGCCGACAUGUUGAGUACAUCGGAAAGAUGCCCGAUAUGUCUUAAUAUUCUCACCCUAGAAGUUGGAUUUCCGGAAGAGUGUCGCCAUGCAUUUUGUAUUCCCUGCAUUCUUAAGUGGUCUGAAACUUCCACUUCUUGUCCUGUUGACCGUAAACCAUUUCAAGCUAUAUAUAAAACAGACCCACUCGGCUCAUGGACUAAGAUCUAUGUAAAGGAAAGAACACCAAGGGAAAUCCUGACCUGCAUUUGUGAUCAGACGUUAACACACUGUACACAAGGGAAGCUUUGUUUCAGAAUCUGUGUGAAAGAGGAAGCAACUGAGGUUGCAAGUCUGCACAAGGAAAACAGAUGUCUGGAGCAUAAAGAAAAGUCUGAAACUGAGGUCGUGAGCCUAAGCUGGCCCAGCUGUUUUACUGGAGAUAACAUUGCCGUAUGUCCUUUCACCCUCUCCGAGGGAACAGCUUGUUUUACGAACAGAACUGAACAAGAGGAAAAUGAAAUCUGUUUGAUACGACGUAAGAGGGAAGCACUGAAGCACCUGAGGAUACCACUUGGUGCUGAAGGAAUUCAGUGCAAUUCCACUCUACCUGCUGAAACACUCAUCCAUCCACCAUCAUCUUUGGAGGAAUAUGUCUUUCCAUUAAGGCCUAUUUCUUUUAGAAGAAAAGAUUUUUCACACAGAAUGUGUGCCCACACUGGUACACAAGAUGGCACUGAGAAAAAGCAAGCUGCAUCUGGCACAUCAACCAGCAGAGGAACCAGAAAAAAAUCAGUACAAUCCAGCACUAGACGGAGAUCCACACGAAAUAGCAAAUCUGGCACAAGCAAUCUCCAGAGCUCCCCAAAAUCCAAUAGCUCUGAUAAUGAUACACCUGGUUAUGAUAAUGCUGCUACCGCCACUACAAAUACUUCCUCAGCCGAACACCCAGGAAAGCAAACUUCGAAACAACGGAAACAAGCUCCUAAAAAGGGAUCUCAAGCUAGAAAAAGACUCCGCUCAGCAACACAAUCUCAAGAGGAUUCUAAAGAAGAUAAAGAAGAUUCGGAAAGUGAGCAAGAGAAGAAAUGUAAAAUGUCAGAAGAUGACUUGUCAGAAACUGAACAGUGUAAAAUGAAUCAGUCUCCCAACCAUAGCAAUGAAAAAGAAAACAGUCAUGCAGAUAUGUCCUCUCCUCUUGAACACUCUGAAGAGAAACAUUUGCUGGAUUCCUCACCUGCAAACAAUGUGCAGUCUGUCGAUGAGGAUAGUUUGGCUAGUCCUGAUUUGCAUAUAAAGCAUCAGUUUGAUACUGAACACUCAUCCCCUUCGCCAAGCUUUAAAAACUGUCAGACUGAUUUGGAGGACAGUCAAACAGAUUUAUUAAGAUCUGUAAAUGAGCCAAGUUAUGUGGAAUCAGCUGAAAGUCAGCUGGAAAUAAAAGGAAAACUUUCUUGUGAAUCUGAGAAUCUAAAUGCUUCACAUGGUGAAAGUUCCUUUUCUUCUCCUGGGUCAGCAGAGCACAUCAUUUCUGAUCAUACAGACUUGCCACCUUUGUCAUGUAAUAAAGUAGAGCAGGUCAAUGUCGAGGAAUCUGCAUGUUCGCCACCGCCGCCUUGCACAGAAUUUAAAUCUAUAGAACAUUUGCAGGACUUGCCAUCACCUGAAGAGAUUACUUUUAAUGCAGAAAACCAUUUGCCCACUAGUCUAAAGGCAAAUGAAAGCCAUUUUGAAAACGAGUCAAGCUCCACACCGUCUACACAUCCACUUGAGUCAGCAAAACAGUAUGAUGUGGACAAUACCCCAACCUUUCCCGAUGUAUCAAAAGAACAAAGUAUCCAGAAACCCCCAAACAUCCAACAACUUGAGCCUGAUGAGUCUUUAAAAACAAUGCACAAACAAAACGAGCAAGAAAAACUUUCAGAGGUGAACUUGCAGUCAGCAGAACAGGAAGAGCGCAUUGGAGAGCAAGAUGUUAAAACAAGUGUGACUUCUGAGGUAGACGAUCAAGACACUGCUGGUUGUUCUGUUAAUAGAGUAGAGCUUACAGAACAAUCUUUGACAUUAUCAAAAAAUACCCCUGCUGAGGAGUUAUCUGAUAUUGGAGAAAUUCAAGUCAAUAGCUUAGGAAAUGAUGAAUUAAAAAAACCUGUUUUGACUGAUGAUAAAAUACAUGAUACCGAAAAAAAAACUGAUUUAAAAAAUGACCUUCAGAAGGCUUUCUGUGAAGAUAACAUUGAACCAGUAGCAAUGGAGUGUGAUUCAGCAUGUAGUGAACAUAAUGAUUCAGAAGUUGAGCAAUUGGUGAGCAUUACUGAACCUACGAAAAAUCUAUCAGAUACCUUGGUUACAAGCAAGGUACCUCAAUCUCCUCCAAAGCAGUCAUUACCUCCUUGUGAUACACCCAAAAAAGAAUCGCGAACAAGGAAAUCUAGAUUUCAUUCCCCAUCAACAACCUGGUCACCUAGCAAAAAUGAUGUUAAAGAAAGACCAAGAUCCCGUUCGCGCUCUAAAGUUAGAGACUCUCCCACUAAACGUAAAUCUAGAUCACCUAGUAAAGAGAAAGAUGGAGAGCGUGGUCAUGGUAGUCAAAGAAAAGGGAGGAGCAGAGACCGACACCAUAGGAGGCAUUCGAGAUCUAGGAGCAGACAUUCAAGAUCUAAAAGUAGACAUUCAAGAUCUAAAAGCAGAUCAAGGUCUGGAUCACGUACCAGACACAGAAAUAGAAGUAUUACAGUUGAUAAAAGUGAAAAAGAUUGUACUUCUCCACCAUGGAAAGAAAGACGUUCAAAUGAAAAUUGGAGAAGUCCUCGGGGAAGUGAAAAAUAUAGAAGAAAUGAACACGACAAACAUGAAAAUUUCAGAAAUGAAAAAUAUGAUGCUAGAGAUUCAGCUGAGGCAUAUCCGGACAAUAGAAAUGAUUAUCCUGAUUGGGUGGUAGAAAAGAUGAAAUCUGCAGAGAGCAGAGAAAGAGGUGAUACUUGGAUGAGGGGAGAUGGCCGAGGGAGGGGGGACCGGGGAUGGGGUGAUGCCAGAGGAAGAGGAGACCGAGGUAGAGGAAGAGGUGAUUUCAGGGGAAGGGGAGAGGGGAGAGGCAGGGGGGACAGAGGCAGGGGGGACAGAGGCAGAGGAGGGAAUCGAGGGAGAGGUUCCCAUUGGGAGGAUAGCCACUAUGGGUCUGGGGAUUCAUGGAACAGAAAUGUAAACAUGGACUGGAACUCGCCUAGAAGUCGUGGUGGACGAGGAGGUUUUAGAGGUGGCUUUAAUUAUGGAGACCAAAAUGAGAAUAAUUGGAGCAGUAGACAGCCCUACUCAGGAAAUUCUAAUACUUCAGGGCAAGAGUCUUCAAGGUUUCCAGAAAGUAAAAAUAAACCUAAAUAUGAGGAUUCGUUUGACCCGCCCGCUGAUCGAUCUGGGUGGUCUUCUGCAUCAAGUUGGGCUGUGAGAAAAACCCUUCCUGCUGAUGUGCAAAAUUACUACUCAAAAAGGGGGAGAAACUCUACAGGCACUCAAGGAGGUGUAUGGCCUAAACAAGAGGAGCCUCAAGAGCAAGAUCAAGCAAGUAAAGAUCAAGCAAGCCAACAAAAUGAAAGUACGCCAGUCCCUGUAAAUGUGGUGCAAACUCAAAUGAAUAUUGUACCACAGCCAAUUGCUGCACCUCCUCAACCAAUGAAUAUGUUUCCCUAUCCGAUGAGUGUCCAUCCUCCUCCUCCUCCCCCCAUGGUGAACAUCCAACACAAUCCAUUUAAUCUCCCCCCACCAAUUCCAAUUCAUCUCCACCCAGCACUACCUCUUGUUCAGGUGUCUGCACCAUCUAGUGUACCUCAGGGACUACCUCCACCACCACCACCACCUCCUCCAUCCCAGCAGAUCAGUUACAUUGCUCCACAGCAAGACGGAAAACCACUGCAGGGUAAUCCUGGUGCUACUUACGCAAAUAAUAAUGUAAAUGCGCCACUCUUGCCUGCUCCAGCAGCAGUCCAUGGAACAGUUGGGGUUGUACAGGCACCACAUUCUGGCAGUGUGGCAACAUCCACUUACAGCAGAAAUUCCCAUACUUUUGUUAAAUCUGCACCUCGAAAGGAAAGUGUAACAGUGGAAGCCAGUGCAGAUAGCUCCAAAAAGGAAAAGAAAAUUCAAAUUCAAGAGAAAGCAGCGCACGAAGUUAAAAUGGCUAUAAGACCAUACUAUCAAAAUAAAGAUAUCACGAAGGAUGAAUAUAAAGAGAUAGUUAAGAAAGCUGUGGACAAGGUUUGUCAUAGUAAAAGUGGAGAAGUAGAUUCGUCAAAAGUGGCAAAUCUGAUAAAAGCCUAUGUGGAUAAAUAUAAACACUCCCGCAAAAAGGGGACCGAUGACAAACUGUGAAACGCAGCCCCUCACUGGAAUGACAACAGUAGACUAAGGACUGUGACAUCAAUUGUCAGAGUGCAAUUUCAGUGUCCACAGAAAUGGUUACAACUGUGAUUGGAACUGGGUUUUGAUAAAUAAUUUUUCAACAUGGAAACCUUUUGAUUUAGAGCCCUUUACCCCCUUCCCCAAAGACUUAAUGGAUUUCUGUUUUUAUUAGAGUGAACAUAUGAAUAAUAAUGUACAGCGUUUUGACCUUCUCAAUGAUGUGUGUAAUAUUAGAGGUGUUAAUCUCAAUACUUGGCUAUCAGCUGGAUAUUGUGUGUACAGUACAUGUAAUCUGUUGGUUAAGAAGUCUGAUCAUAAGAAUCUUUGAUUGUGUUUUCAUCUAAUAAUAGUGCGAUGCUUUUCUUGGCUCCUUUCUUUCUAGACUAACUGGACACGCUGGUCUUUAAGUGUACCCAAUGUAUGCAGGUGUCUGUACCUUCAUAUCGAAUCUGUUUAGAAAUAAACUUUCAGAGUAACAAAAUGCCUACUACAAAAUACUAUGUCCGACAAAUAUAUAUAUUUUUAAGAUGGACAUGAUCUAUGGAAACACCAAAUAAAUAAAUAUGCUGCUUG